AAAAUUUAAAUCCCAAAAUUAUCAGCUCAUUUACUUUUUUUUGGAAGGAAUCAUCUCAUGUGCAUUUAAAUACUUUUUUUUUUUUUUUUGAAACCACAUUUAAGUACUCUCUAAUUUAUAACAAUUUAUGCAAAUAUAAAUUUCGUUUUUCUAAAUACGAUUUUUUUAAUUCUCGUGAAAAAUUACUCAGACCGGUUGUACAGGGAAUAUCUUUCUACCCCUUUGUAUCUAUCUGGCCAUUCACUUUUAAGAUGCACCCUUUUCUCUCCGCCAUUGAAGCGUACUCGAAAUUCUCCAUUGAAGUGGCUUAUGAGCUUUCUCUCCUCCACUGGAAGUACCUUCUCAAGUUAUAUGAUCUCCACUAAUUCUUUGUCACAGAGACUGGGUGCCCUUUAUGCCCUCUAUUGUCUCUACGAGACACAGCCAUUCAAGCCUCCCUUCAAGAUUUGUCUCUCUCUUGGAGAAUUACGAAAACUAAUAGCUCUGGUUGUAAAUGCGAAAGAAAAUGGAAUCAAAUUAGUAUCUGUUUUGGUCAGAAGGAUGCUAGAAAAGAAUGCAUUCUUGUUUGGUUUCGUCAACAUAAAUGAUUAUUCUGAGAAAGAGAGGAUAAAGGAAUUGGUAGAUGUGCAGAAUGCCUGCUUAAAGAAGAUGCAUGAAAAAUUGUUGGCGAACACUAAGAUUGAGCGUUAUCUUCACAUGGACAUGGGCAUGGAACUUGACCUAGAAGUGCUCAGGAAAAUGGCCAAAGAAUAUGAAGGAACUAAAAAUCUUGCUAUCAGAGAGGCUAGUAGGGUAUUCAAUACCGAAAACGUAAAGCAUAUUGCAGAAGAUAGGCUGACAAUUGGAGAUGAAGUGCAAAAGAUAAAUGAGGAGUGGGGAAAUCAAAAGGAAAUGUUCUCACAGUUUAUAGGAACAGACCAGCAUUCUGUCGUAACUCAUUACCAGAGAGAAGAGAGACACCACAAGCAACUAAUGCUACUUUCUGCUGCUGAACAGCAGCAAAGUGACGAUGAAUUACAACACACUGGUUUCAUGGAGCUUCUUAUGGGAAAUGAAUCAACAUUAGUAAAUGGCAAUAUUCUACAGGGUCCAUCAUCUGAGCAGCAUUCGAUGCCUGAUGAAGAGCAAGAUUAUGACUUCGAGUAUGCUAAGGAUCUGGAAGAUCAACUAUUUGAUUAUAUAUUAUAAUUCAUGUUUAUGACAGUGAGAACAUUGUUAAUAGCUAGGUUAAUAUGCUUUAUUGUUUCAGGGUGUAGAUAAUUUUACAUUUGCUAUGGAGUAAACAUUUAUUGGUGUUUACACAUUUCAACUUUCAACAGUUAUCUAUAUAUAACACAUGAAAACUUAGAUA